CUCACGUGCAUUAAUAAUGAAGAGGAAACAUGAGAAUCUCUUUUCCUGACGCAUGAAGUUCCAGAAACCGGAAGCAGAAGCUGCAGAGGAGCAUUGGAGGCAGCAGCUGCAGCACAAACAGUGAAACGGGUCACAGAGACUCUGUUUGACUCAGACCAGGACAGGUGUGGGCCGCCAGGUGAGACACUCAGUGAUGAUGACAUCACUGUGCUGGUGAUCGUUAGACUGCACAGACCAGGAACUUCUGAUAGUCAUGCUGCGGGCUUGGUUUGCUGAUCAGCUCAGAAACGGGACAUAAAUAAGUGACAGAUGUUUCCUGCAGCUGCCACAGGGUUCUGUAUUCGGCCCUCUUCUAUGAACCAUUUCUAUAAAUCAACUGGGACAGAAUGAUGGAUGGAAAAUGUUCAUUUUUAUGCAGACGACUCAGUUAUUUGAUCCAGUCCUACAGAGCAUGUUUAGCAGAUUGUUUAGUCUUCAAAUGCUUCAUCAAAUUACUUUUUAAAAGAUGCAUUAUUGGCUUAGAUCUGUAAAUAUCCCGGAUCAGAUCGGACCACAACUACUAGCUUGAUGUUUUUCUUGGGUUUCUGCAAGAUGAACAGAGACAAAGUUCAUCUACUGAUGGUGUAACUAGCAGGUUUCCGUGUUCAGCAGCGCCAGCGCUCCGCUCCAAUCAGUCACUCAUCCCAGCUCACAAAAGCUACAAAUGUUACACUGUUUACUGAACGCAGUAAAAGUUUCAUUAAAGCAACAUGUUGACUUUGGAGCAGCUGCACCACGGCUGCAGGAUCGGUAAGAACUUGUUGUCUCAGCAUCUGGUAUGAAGACGAAUCCAGAGAAGCAGAAUCGGUUUGGAGCGUCGGCGCUUCUGGAUUAAACUAAGCUGAGCAGAAUUUCAGAUCCAGAAUCAGAAAAGAUUUUCUCAGAGGAAGUGAGAUGGAGAUGUCUGGGCAACGACUCCCUCAAUGUUUAACCGCAUGAAGGAAAUCUAGUUAAAAAGCUAAAUGUAAGUUUUCUUGUCUUGAGAUGUUUUGUAGAUGAUUUUACCUGCACAGCACUUUGUUUUAUAAAAUGAUUCAUAAAUAGAUGAUGACGACUGACUGACUCGGGUUUCGUCCACAUUUCUAGGAAAACAACCACAUUUGACCUUUAAUUCACCCUAAAAAUCAGUUGAAUGUUAAACAAUAAUUAAUAAAACCAAAAUGGAGAAGAUGGAAACCUUCAUAUUGUUCAGGGGGUUUGGGGUAGAUAAUGCACCAGUAUAGCCACAUCCUCGCUGUCUGAUUCCAAACAGGAAGUCAAGGUUGUUUGGAAGCAGUUUGAUUGGCUGAUAGGUUUUAGUGUCGCGCUAUACUGCCCCCUAUGGGUUGGCAUGGUUGAAAUGACGUUCAGGGUCGAAUUGCUGCAGGUUCUUGUGGAUGCAAAACUUUUUUUGCACCAAUGUCUUUAUUUGACAGCAAUCUGACAGGAUGGGGCAAAGAGAAGGAGAGGAACGGGAGUCGAACUUGGGACCCGUUGGGAUCUGUCGCCUCUAACCGCGGCGCAGAGCAACGCCCCGAUGAAACCGAGUCUGUGUGUAGGAUGUUAUUCAUUUCAUCGAUGUGGAAGAUAUUAGUUUCCAUUAAGACCCGGUGGUGUGGGGACAGUCUGCAUCUGCUCUCUCAGGUUCAUUACAAGCUGCAACAUGUCAACACCGCGCCGUGUUUCAAUGACCUGGACUGGCUGUGAACUCCAUCGGUUAUCUUUUAUUUACCAGGCUGUUUCUGCUGGUCUAGCUGAACUGGAAUUGCACUGAGAAAUGUUGACUCGCUCUCAACUUGCUGCUUCUUUCCGUCUCUUUUUGCUCGGACUGAAUUAGGUAAAAGGUUCAGUCUGCUCCCUCCUCCUGGCAUUCAGAAAACUUUGAGUCCAACUGACUUCAUCUCCAAACAAAGUUCUUCAGGCUCAAUGAUGUAAACCUGAUUUUCAUACCAUGUCAUUUUCUUUGACCUUUUUUGUGUUUUAUUUGUUGCCUCCUGGCCAGGACCCCUCGAGUCUUGAUGGGAUUUUAUCCUGGUUAAAUAAAAAAGUUGAGGUCGAAGGUCUUCAAUUUGCCCCUCAGGGUCUUUCGGCUCAGACGUUUGCAUGCACCUGUCUGGUCUGCUGGAGGAACUUUCUUCUCCCGUUUUGCUUCCAGGUCUUCGAUGGAAAGCUGCUGUCAGGCGUUCCAGAUGCUGGGCGAUUCCUCCGUCCUGCCGGAGCCGACAGGAACAGGUGAAUCAGGCUUCAGGUGAUGCCGAGGCACCAGCUGUCGGCAGCAGAGGGCCUGCUGAUGUCAGAAGAUCUGAUUCGACGUGGACUCACUCCAUCUGCUCCUCUCCGAUUAUAACAAGUCAUCUCCAGCCCAAAGAUCUAGUUCACACCGACGGAGUUUCUCCUCCACGUGAGCUGACGAAGACGAUGCUCUGAUUCAUCGGUGUGUGUGUGUGUGUGGUAUGAGUGAAUCAGGGAUGCUGCCUUCCUCCUCUUCCCUCCUUCCUCCUCCUCUUCUGUCGUGACGUUGGAUCAGGAGGAAACACCACAAACAGUCCGGAGAUAUUCUGAGAUCCUGCCGAGUUGUGAGUGACUCAGAGGGAAAUACCUCUGUGGACGGAGGGAGGAGUUUAUCUGCUGGAGGUAUAAUUACUGUCAGAGAGCAGAGAGGGAGAGCAGAGUGACCCGGCUCAGUGUUUGCUCAGAUUCAGAACCAGAGAGGACCGGAACCAGCACCAGAAUCUCCAACAUGACGGACUGACAGACCAGAACCUCCAGACCCAGCUCCAGCCUCUUAACUGCUUCAUCUGCAUCGCCACCCAACCCUGGCUUUGGGUUCUAACUUCAGACUGCUGUCAGAACCAGAACCCGUCUGGAUCGGUCCGUCCUGCUGCCAACUCUUCCCUCAGACCGGACCAGGAGCCUCUGGUCUGACUGGACAGAUUAGUCCUCUGUAUCAGAACCGUUCAGGAUGUCUUCUUGGGCUGUGCUGCUCUUCGCCGUUCCCGUCUUUCUUCUGAUUGGCGCCUCGGCCCUGGAGGUCGCGCCGUCCUCCGCCUGCCCCUCCUGCUCUCUGGCUCAGCUGAGGAAGAACUCGUCUUCGCCCGGCGCUCAGGGUGACAUGGUGGAGGCCGUGAAGCGUCACAUUCUGACCAUGCUGCACCUGAGUGCCCGGCCCAAUCUGACCCACCCGGUUCCUCGUGCGGCGCUACUCAACGCCAUCAAGAAGCUGCAUGUUGGGCGGGUUACUGAAGACGGCGCCGUGGAGAUACCAGAGGAAAGUUCAGGUCCUGGAACCUCAGUCGCACCCGAACCUCCAUCAGAGCUGAUCAUCUUUGGAGAGCCAGGAGACUCUCCGAACACCGUGACCUUUGACGUGUCGAAGGAGGGCGGCGCUGCCACGGUGGAGCAGGCCAAUGUUUGGAUAUUCUUGAAAAUGUCAAAGGUCAAUCGGGUCCGAAGUAAAGUGAUGCUGCAGCUGCUGUGGACUCGCCACGAUGGUGGCUCCUACAAGGAUGAGUUUGUUUCAGAGAAGAUGGUGGACAGUCGGCGCAGCGGCUGGCACACGCUCGCCCUGACGCGCGGCGUUCAGGCGCUGCUGGAUGGCGGCGGCAGCUCGCUCGGCUUGCGGGUCUCCUGCCCGCGCUGCGCCGAGGUUGGGGCGGCACCCAUCCUCACAUCCGGUGACAGAGCGAAGGCGACAGGCCAGGAUCAGUCACACCAGCCGUUCCUCAUGGUGACGCUGCGGGCCGAGGAGGCGGAGCCUCAGCGCAGGGUCAGGCGAGGUCUAGAAUGCAACGGAAAGACCCACGGUUGCUGCAAACGGCAAUUCUACGUCAACUUCAAAGACAUCGGCUGGAGUGACUGGAUUAUAGCUCCAUCCGGUUACCAUGCCAACUACUGCGAGGGGGAGUGCCCCACCCACACAAGCGGCUCGGCACUGUCCUUUCACUCAGCGGUCAUCAGCCACUACCGUCUGCGCGGCUACGCGCCGUUCCAGAACAGCAAGUCGUGCUGCGUGCCGACGCGGCUGCGCGCCAUGUCCAUGCUCUACUACAACGAGGAGCAGAAGAUCGUCAAGAAGGACAUCCACAACAUGAUCGUGGAGGAGUGCGGCUGCUCCUAGAGCAGCCUUCCCAUCAGCACUCAGGUUCUCGCUGCUGCUCCACAUUGGAGCGAGCCAGAACAUUUGCCCUGGACCGGCCGAUUGUUCUGAUCCAGAGGAACUGGAGGUUCCGACCGGAUGGAGGCCAAUCACCGUAGAGUAUUCCAACAGCUGCGUGAGGCGCAGGGAGACUUGACCCGGAAACCUUCUGGACGAUCUCACAUUUAGACCAAAACAAGCCAACAAUCAAAGUUUGUCCUGUUUUUAAAAAAAAUCCAAAUGAGACAAAAAUGUGAAAAACACCUGAACUGUUUCUGGGUCUGCUCUAAUUUAUUUGCAUAGUUUUGUCAUUAAACUGUGAUCCAACA